AUCUGCUUGGAUUAGAUGAAUUCAAUGGUAAUGGCAAUGCAAGCAGUUCCUUAACUUCAUUUUUCGACGAUACUUCGAAAAUAUCCACUUUGCAGCGUCCCUCAUUAGUGAAAACUGUGAAACAGUUCGCUAGUAAUCAACAACCCAUUUCGCCACUACGCUGUGACAGUUUAUCUCCUGAAUCAGUAUCAGAUAAUGCACUUUCAAAUGCAGAUCAACAACAUGUAUCUGUUGCUGCACCAUCUGUUACAUUUUCAGAUUACGUUGCUUUAUCCCCACCUACAGUACUUGCACAGACAGCAUUUUCAUCCCCACUGGGUGGCAGUGCUACCCUUUUUUCAGGUCGGGAUGAUAUGUCUGCAGCACAUGUCCGUUCGGCUGAUGCUGCUAUACAAUCACCUCGUCACAACACUGUUCUUUUGGCUGCAUCUACUCCAUUAAUGCCAGUACCUACCUAUUCCGUUUCCGUUCCUCCGUCACACGUAAAUGUGCUUUCUCCACAAGUUGAACAGGUUUCGAAAUCAGCUAUGAAAAUUCCAUCAACGUGGGCAGAUGCAUCAAGCAAAGUGAAUAUUAAUUUGGAUGAUCUGGGUAUGAAAAAGAAACCACAGAAGCGUUCUGUACCGAUGAACCAAAUGACUCCGAUAAUGUCUAUGCCAGCAACAGAUCGAAACAUACUCGCGAAGUCGAUUGUUUUCACCGAUGCACCUCAACAUCGAGUGUCUUCGGAUGAUGUGUUCGAUUUACUAAGAUGA